CAAUUUAAAUUUGCAGUGCUGCUUAAUAGUCUACCGUCCACGUGAAUAUCCAAGAAUCCCAUUUUUUGUUUGGAUUAAUAAAUAACAAACAUGGUACAUGCAGUUUAAAAAGUUAGUCAUCUAAUUUAUUGUAUUUAAAAAUUGUAUGACUUUAAAUAUGUGAGGUUAAAUUCAAAUGUUCACGUUUUAGUUUUUACCAAGUAAAUUGAAGCAAAUGAAACUUUUAGUGCGUGUUCGGCAAAGAAACACAUUUACUUCGAAAAUCUAAAUAAACUUUAAAUCAAAGUAGCAAUCAAUAUAAUGGAUUCGAGGCUUUUGAACGUGUUUCACAGUGAUCAAUUUGAUGGAAACUACGUAAUGUUUGAUACUGAUAACCACUUUUGGUCAAACGACAGCGGAACUCCGGGACUUCAACUUGCGGAAACCUUGCAUGGAAUAUUACCAAUCGCUCCAAAUGAAGUAAUAUCAAGCAAUUUUUUUAGCAAUUCUAUUUUAAAAGAAGGAGACUAUUCAAUAGAGAUAAAAAACAAUUUGAAUACAAAUUCGAAAAUGUACGAAAAAUACGAUGAAGUGGCUUCUGUUGAAAUUUUGAACAAAAAACAAUUUUCGCCUCAGCAAACAAUAGACAUUGUAUCAGUUAAUCCGAAUAGCGCUUACGAUACGGAUUUCCUUCAAUCAACAGAUGAGGAUAUAGAAAUCAAGGAAAAUGAAGGAACACAAGGCGAAUUAUCAUAUGAAAAUGUAAGAAGCUGCAGUAGAUCGACAUUCCGAAGCAGAACUGAUAGCUCUUCAAUUGGCGACUAUGAAAGUCACUCAAGUGACUACGACGAUGAUCCUGUUGCAAUGGGUUUCAAAACUUAUCCUAGCAAGUUCUCAAAUAAUUUUAGUUCAAAAUCGGUAGUGGAUUGUAUCCCUGAUUCUGAUAACAAUGGCUCCAUGAAAUCGAUUGAUAACCCAGAUCCAUUUGCAACGCAUUUAGAUGUCAGCACUUUUGAUUUAGCAGAAUUUAUUACACAAGAUGAUCAAGUUUUUUAUAAUCAUUCAACGCAAGUAGCGAACUCUUCUCUUCGCAAUAGUAUACAAAAUACGGUUAAGCUCACAAUUUCUUCUGACACUGAUUCAGAUUCUGAUGUUAUUGUGGAUGUAGAAACAGUGGAAAAUGAAGAAAUAGGAAUUGAUUCCUGGAAUGAAGGAAAAGUGAAUGAAAUUAAAAGCUCGAGUCCUAGCAAAUACAAAGUAGAGAAUAAAGAGAUAAAACCUAAUGAACAUAACGUUUCACGUAUAGCAAUUGUUCCAUGCAACGAUCAAUCAGUUUGUUCUAGAAGAAAAUUUGGUAUUGGUCGUGGAAAAAACAUUAAUAUGCAUAGUAAACCAUUACAAGCUACUCCUAAGCCUAAAGCUAAGAGUAGGUUAAAACAAAAUAUCAAUAAAAAUGUGCAAACAAUUUCUGUUGGAGGGAAAAUAAACAAUUCUAGUAAUCGAAAUGAAAUAGUAUCCCAAACAGAAAGCAAAGAAGAAAAUAUAAUAAAAAAACAAGAUUUAUCAAUUGCAAAAAUUGACACUGAAAGACUAGAUUCUAAAGAGUUAGUUGAUCAAAAACAAGUUUUAGCUUAUGAUAAACAUACUAAAUUUAUUAAUAAUGAACCUAUAAUAACUAAACUUGAAUCUAAGGAAAAGAACAGAAAACUGCUAGAAGAUUUUGCUUCACAAACUCCAAAGAAACGUAAGCUCAACCUUGAAGAGUAUAAAAAACGAAGAGAAACCCAUUCAUUUCUAACUUCUAUAAGUAAAAACUCUAAUGUACAAUUAAAAACCAAAUCAUCGGAACAAAUAGAAAUGCCUGCUUCAAAAACUUCAACUUCAAAUACGUUUGAGGUUACCAAACCGAUUCAAACUGAAGCUGUAACUUCAGUUGUGAAAAGUUUGAAGGAAAAUCAAUCUUCUAAACGAUUUGUUGACCCCAUCACUGAGGCAAAGAAUAAAGUACUGCGAUUGAGAGAACUAAAAAAGGCUCAACAAAUAAAAAUUAUCGACUCCACUGUAUCAUCUAAGGUCGCCCGCGUUACGAAACUUCUUCCUUUAAAAGACAUUGUCAAAAGUUGUAAUAAAACUUGUAAUGUAGAUAUAAAGACAAAUAAUUCGGAGUACGAGGAAAUUAUUAUGGUUUCUACAGGUUGUAACACGGACAUUACAAUUCCACCAAAUGGAUAUAGUGCAAUUCAAGAGAACAUACCAACAAACUUAUCGCGUUCGUUAUUGAAAUCCAAUGUUUGGUUGACCAACAUUCGUAACUCAUUUCAAAAGGUUCACUCUGACGAAAGUGUACAAAUAUCAACUAAUUCCCUAAUUGUCAGCAUACAGGAUGUUGUGGUGAAAAAAAGUUCUCCUUUACUGCUUGCACCUUUCCAAGACCAAACCGUUCCAAUGUCUUCGGAUCAUGGAGAGGAUAAAAUCAUUAUGCAUUUAAGUAAAGAUAGAAUAAGGAAUCGUAUUAUUUCUAAAUGUACUCAGACGGAUUUAUCACCUCAAUUUUCGAUGUUACUUUUACCGAAAUUGGAAUCCUCCGAUCAUUGUAUUAAUUCGGUUAAAAGCAAAAGAACAAAAGUACGCCGAAAGUGUAGAUCUCGCUAUAAUUUAUUUUCAUCCGAUGAUGAAACUUUUAAUUGUAGGGCUGAAGAUGUUAUAAAGAGCAGCAGGUCUAGGACAAAGCCCACUCGUCAACGUAGAAGUUCAAUAAGUUCCUCUUGUUCGGAGUCGGAAGAUUUUUCCAAGAAAAACCAACGAGAUAAUGACUCUUCCACUAGUUCGCGUAAUAGUAUAUCAUAUUCUGAAUAUAGGAGGAGCAGGAGCAAAUCGUUCGAUCGUAUUUACAAUAGAAGUUCUCGAUCAAAAUCAUCAUCAAGAUCUUUCACAAAACGACGUGAUGAAAGCAGUCAUGUUGAAGGGAACCUAUCGGUUCCUGCGGUUGAAGAACGUCGGAUAGUAUACGUUGGUCGCAUAGAAAAGGAAACAACUAAAGAAAUACUUCGACAAAAAUUUCUUUCCUAUGGCCCAAUUAAACAAAUUACUAUUCAUUACAAAGAUACUGGAAUGAAGUAUGGUUUUGUUACCUACGAAAAAUCUGAGGACGCUUUCAGGGCAAUUGAUAGCGGCCCAAAAGAUGACAUGAUAAAUAUGUAUGACAUAAGCUUCGGAGGAAGGCGAGCGUUUUGCAGAGCAUCGUACGCUGAUUUGGAUAAUGCAGGAAUGAAUUCUUGCCAGUCAUAUGUGAUACAUCGCCAAGUGGCACCACCAAAAGAAGAAGAUUCAUUCGAAGCACUUCUACUGAAAGUCAAAGCGAAACUUAAUUCAACAAAAUCAACAGGUCAAAAUUCAAAGGCUUGACACAACCAAUACAAUUACAGGAAAUAUGUUGACUUUCCUUUUCUUAAAUUAAUUGAUUCUUCCUUACAAAUUAAAGCUGUGCCAGUUUAGAAACUACUCCCGCCAUUUAUCUUUUCAAUACAGCGUUAAAUAUCUGAAAUUGUAAAUAGUGUAUUAUCUAGUGUUUUAGUUACGGCAUGAAAUAAAAUAAUUUUAGCUUACUUUUUUUUCAUAAGA